GUUGUUUUAUUCGGGGUAAACGUGUAUGCGUGUGCGUGCGCGCGUGCGUGCGUGCGUGUGUGUGUGUGUGUGCGUGUGUGUGUGUGUGUGAGAGAGAGAGAGAGAGAGAGAGGCGCGGAAGCGGUGGGACUGCAGCGGAGGUUCGGGGACUGUUUCCGCACGCUGGAGGGCGAGCAAGGCCCAGUGACCCACAUUCUCAGCAGCCUUGUGGAUGCGUGUGUGUGCGCGCGUCCGUCGCCCCGUGUGUGUGUGUGUGUGUGUGUGUGCCCGUGUACGUAUGUAAUGCGUGUAUGUGCAUGCGCGAACACCUCUACGUCUGCCGCGUAAAUGUUUCCACCAUCGUAAUUUUUUUUGUUUGCAUUUGAACGGACAUGUUCUAUGUUGUUGCUUCGGCGUUGAUCUCUGAAUGUAUUUAGCGGAGAGCUCGGUCGGCUUUGACGAGCCGCAGCAGUAUUUGGACCGAAUCGUUUGCUGCUCAGUUGUUGCGUGACAGCCAGCGGCUCAAAGCCAGUUUGCCGUGAUAUGCUGCCAUUAUUGCUCGAAUUGCUUAUUAUUAUUAUUAUUACGAUGAUGUUUUUUUGUUACUGACGAACGCGUCAUUUGUCGCGCGGGUUUCCGCGAGUGUAACGGGAGGAAGAAGCGAGUUGGCUAAAUUGUCAGGUUUCGUUAGCAAAGCUCAGUUAGCAUGUUAGCUAGCUACAUAGUAUGUGGGUUGUAUAACGAACACCUGUGGCACAUAUGCUUGUGCUGUAUUCACUCCUAUUUCGAGCAAUUCGCUUGAUUCAAAUGCGCUAUCCCGUCGCGCCGCGCAGUUAUUUGAGCGUGUUUAUUGUCAAGAAUGGCUCAAUGAAAUAAAAGCUAAGCUAUGAGGAUUACUGUACGGUAGGUCAUGGUAGCGCUUCCCAAAGUGGAGCCACUCCAGUGUCAAGAUGGUUGCACGAACAUUUACAGUAUUUCACCAGUGUUGUCGAAUUCGUCGCUUGGAAGAUUUUUAAUGUGUUGCCACUGCAAGCACACUUUGACCUUCCAUAGUAUUGCUGCACUGUUAUUGAAGUCUGGUUUGAAACAAGCUAGUGCCUUACUUAUACAGUACUAGUAGACUUGUUUGGCUGCAAAAAAAAAGAAGUGAGGUUAUAAUCGUGAAGGAAAUGGAUUUCUACUUGGAAAGGUUCCAGCAUCAUCAGAUUUGAAAAUGCAAGGUGUGGCUCACACAAAAAAGAUCUGUAAGCACUCAGGAGAUUAGCCUCUAAAACAACAAGCUCUGCCUCAAAGGGGCAUUCCAGUGACUGAGUUUGGGUGACCACCAUGGCUUUCCUGUGGUCUGGUGACCCCUGAUGACCCCCUGGCUCUGACCCCUGACCCUAUCCUCAUUAAUCCCCUGAAAAAAGACAAACUCACGCUGUGCGUGAGCUGCAGUGGGGUGGACUUCCAAAUGCCUACCUCACGCCUAAAGAGCAAGUCACCACAACCACAGCCCUGAUCAGCAGCCACCAUGACAUCAAGCAUUGGGGAUGAUUGUAGCAUCUUUGAUGGGUUGAUGGAAGAAGAUGAAAAGGACAAAGCAAAACGCGUGUCCCGUAACAAGUCUGAGAAGAAACGGAGAGACCAGUUCAAUGUCCUUAUCAAGGAACUUGGCACAAUGUUGCCUGGCAACACCAGGAAGAUGGACAAGUCCACUAUCCUGCAGAAAAGUAUCGACUUCCUGUGUAAACACAAAGAAAUCGCUGCCCAGUCUGAGUCCAGUGAGAUCAGACAGGACUGGAAGCCGCCAUUUCUUAGCAAUGAGGAGUUCACCCAGCUCAUGUUGGAGGCUCUGGAUGGCUUCUUCAUAGCAAUAAUGACUGACGGGAAUAUCCUCUAUGUGUCAGAGAGUGUCACCUCAUUACUGGAACACCUUCCUGCAGACCUGGUGGACCAGAACUUGUUAAACUUCCUGCCAGUUGGAGAACACUCAGAAGUGUACAAAGCCCUAUCCACACACCCCAACGACCCAGAGAGCCUCACGUCAGAUUAUUUAAAGAGUAAGAACUACAUGGAAUUCUGUUGUCAUAUGCUCCGAGGGUCCAUUGACCCAAAAGAACCUCCUAUCUAUGAAUAUGUGACCUUCAUCGGAAAUUUUAAGUCGCUCAACAAUGUUCCUAACGUGACGAGGAACGGUCUGGCAGGAGUGUUACAGCGCUCUCUACAGCCAGCCUUUGACGACCAAGUGUGCUUUGUGGCUACUGUACGGCUCACUAAACCUCAGUUUAUCAAGGAAAUGUGCACAGUGGAAGAGCCCAAUGAAGAAUUCACAUCUAGGCACAGUUUGGAAUGGAAGUUCCUCUUUCUAGACCACAGAGCUCCACCAAUUAUAGGCUACUUACCAUUUGAGGUUCUGGGAACUUCAGGGUACGACUAUUAUCAUGUGGACGACCUGGAGACGCUUGCUAAGUGCCAUGAACACUUGAUGCAGUACGGUAAAGGGAAGUCUUGUUACUACCGUUUCCUGACUAAAGGUCAACAGUGGAUAUGGCUGCAGACGCACUACUACAUCACCUAUCACCAGUGGAAUUCUCGGCCCGAGUUUAUUGUCUGCACACACACAGUAGUCAGCUAUGCAGAAGUGAGGGCAGAACAGAGAAGGGAGCUGGGCAUUGAAGAGUCCAAACCAGAGGUCACUAUUGAUAAGGGCCAGGACUCUGGUUCAGAGCUGAACACAUCCAGCCUCAAGGAGGCAUUAGAAAGGUUUGACCGCAGCCGAACGCCCUCAACAUCUUCACGAAGUUCCCGCAAGUCUUCAUCGCAUGUAUCUGACAACACUUGCACUUCCUCCAAGCUACAUAUGGAUACAGCCACGCCUCCGCGACAGUCUCUGGCCUCAACCAUGGAGGUAACAUCACAGCGUCGCUCAUCCAUUAGCAGCCAGUCCAUGAGCUCUCAGACGACUGGCCAGAGUGUGACCCCAAGUAUGAUCACUCAGCAACAGCAGCAACAGCAGCAACAGCAACAACAGCAACAACAACAACAACAACAACAACAACAGCAGCAGCAGCAGCAACAACAUCAACAACCACAGCAACUGCAGUCAAAUGUACAGCCGAUGAUGGAAUUCUCUGCGCAGGUGAAUGCUAUGCAGCAUCUAAAGGAGCAGCUUGAGCAAAGGACCAGAAUGAUACAGGCCAACAUUCAGCGGCAGCAGGAUGAGCUAAGGAACAUCCAGGAACAGCUACAGCGGGUCCAGGGGCAGGGUAUCCAGAUGUUGUUGCAGCAGCAGCAGGGUAGCGCGAUGAAUGUGCAGCUCCCCCACGUGGCGCCGGUCCAGCAGGCGACCGCUCUGAGCAAUCCGGUCCCGCAAACGGCGAUCAACCCCGUGCAUUCCGGAACGCAGCAGCUCACCAUCCAGCAGCAAGCUCCUCCGACUCAGCAGAGUCUUCAGCAGCAGACCCAACGGCAGUCUCAGCAGCCGCCCCAAGCUCAGCCCCAGACCCCGAACUCCGUGCCAACCCAACUGUACAACACCAUGAUGAUCUCCCAGCCGGCGCAACACAACGUGCUCCAGAUCAGCACCAGUAUGCCGCAGAACAACACGCAGCAAGGCACCACUGUGGCCACUUUCACGCAGGACCGUCAGAUCCGUUUUCCAGCAGGACAGCAGCUGGUGACCAAACUUGUAACAGCUCCAAUGGCAUGUGGUGCUGUCAUGGUGCCGACCUCCAUGUUCAUGGGCCAGGUGGUCACUGCAUACAACCCCUUUGGUGGGCAACAGCAGGGAGGACAAACGCAGACACUGACCCUCCAACCAGCGCAACCUCCCCAGGGUCAGCCUGACGGCUCCAACCAGACCACUGUGGUGGCGCAAAGUGGCCAGCAGGGGCAGCAACAGCAACAGCAGCAAUUCCUACAGGGCACUCGUCUUCUCCAUAGUAACCAAUCCACCCAGCUGAUUCUGCAGGCAGCUUUCCCACUUCAGCAGCAGGGUACCUUCACCCAGACAACUCAUCAACAACAACAACAACAGCAGCAACAACAACAGCAACAGUCACAGCAAAGGCAACAACAGCAACAGCAGCAGCAACAACAAUCCCACCACCAGAGGCAUCAGCAGCAGCUCAAACCUCAGCCACAGAAACAGCAGAAAGCGCCGUCGUCGCACAGGACUGACAGUGUCAGCAGCCAACCGCAGUAAGGUCCCAAGGGCAACGCAGCACUUAGUUGGAAAAGAAAAUAAGGAAAGGCCAAGGGCCUGCUGCAUACAUUUGUUUUAGCUGCGUGGCAGGCUGGCAAACCUUUCCGGCUGACAGGUGUGAUCACGGGAAUGAGGAAAUCUGCGUCUCCGCGAGGAUCUCGCGAAAGAGCAUCGCCAGGAACAGCCGGACAAAUGAACCCUGGCAAGCUUCCUGUUGUCUCUUGGAAGCGGGCUCGUGUGUCUGGGGAAUAUGACAAAGACACCUCAUCGUCACGGUAACGGAAGACUGUUGGAGGUGUGUCAAAGUGGACUAACCUUGUACAAAUUUCCUGUAUGAUAUUAAGAAAAAAGUGUAAAUAUCCAAUAUAGCUUAACAGGAAACAGAAAUGUAGUAUUUUAUAUGAUUGCAUGGAAAGAAUUAACUGUGUAAGCUUUUAUUAGUCGCAUUUGAAAAUUUUUACUUUGUUCAGUGUUUCCUGGCGUGAUGACGAAACCCCUUCUGAUAAACCUUCCUCCCUCUCACUUUCUCACAAGUCCACAAUUAUCUUAGAAUAGUCUAUUUGGGGGAUAAAAGAUAAAGUGAGGUUUUUUUAUUUUAUUUUUAAAUUUUUGUGCAACUCAAGUGUUUUUAAGCACUGUAACAUUAGUCCUUUGACACUGCCUGUUAAAACCACUUUACCCCAGGUGGCUUUCCUCUAUAAAGGGCACAGGCACGGAAUGGUGGGGAGGACAAAGUCCACCCCACCCUCGGAAGUAAUAUCAGAGCCGUAACAGAGGCGGGAUGCCAGCUGUGUGUAAUGGAAUUCUGCAAUGCCAGGGACAAUGCCAUGUUGUGUUGAAAGCGCAUACAGGCAAAUGCUGGCCUUCUGUUACGGCUCUGAUCUGGAAAUCUUCCAGGAUUUCUGUGUAAAAGAGGUUACUGACACAAAAAUGUCAUUUUUUUUAACUCUUUGACACAAAAAAAAUAUAUAUUGAAUACAGUCUAACUGAAUUAUUUGCGGGAUGAUCACUGCACGUAUAGAGGCUCAAGAUUCCAAGUGCCAAUUACAUAAUCCAGUUUGUUUUAAUUCCCAACAGCAAAGGCAUACAUACAAAAAUUUAUAUUUUCCAACAAGCUAACCCCUAAUAAUGCUUAUGCGUGUGUGUACAUAUGUAGAAGGGAUUAUUUUUGAACAGUCAGAGAGCCCUAUACGUAACGAACAGUAUAUCCUCAUGAAACUUUAGCACUUGAUGUGGUGGUGUACAGUAAAUCACUGACCGAGACCUAGUCGCUUGUCAACUUUGGCGUCACUCGUGUGAGAAUUCUAUCUUGUGUGUGUGAAACCAAACUCGUUGUGUGUGUGCGUGUGUGUGUGUGUGUGUGUGUGUGUGUGUGUGUGUGUGUGUGUGUGUGUGUGUUUUACAGUAAUUGACUUAGUAAGGGUUUGAAGUUACCGGGUGGUACUUGUACUCUCAGGAAUGUGGAAAGUUUUUGCUUCUGCCUCAGUCUGGAACCAGACCCGGAAGGGUCAAACUGUGCUGCUGUAAAGACCAGAGGCUACAAUUAAAAAGUCACAAGGAGUUUGGUGACUGAUGAUGACGAUGAUAUGACCCACAUUCUUUAACAGACAAAAUGGCAAAGAGAUCCUUAUUUGGGACCUGUAAAACUCAGCAUAGGAUGUUUGUCUUCUGGCCUUUUGCUUCAUCACAGCUUAACCCUUCUCUUCCUCGUUGGGCCUCAGAAAAUGAUCAUGCAGUUCACUACAAUUGUUCCUCAGUUCUCAAGCAGCAGUAAAAAGCAGGACCAGGUCCAUGUGGACCUUCUCACUUCACUUGUAAGCCAUAUCAAACGCAAAAGCCUCGGUUUGGAGGAAGUGUUAACAUUUGGCGUAGAGCGAGUUUUUUUUUUAUUUUUAUUUUUUUUUAAAGAAUGUGUUUCAGUGGAACCUUCAAAGUCAAACUCGACUUCCAAGUUGUCCUAAUUUCAAAACUUUUUUCCACAAAACAAAAAAUGAAAGGCAAAUGUUUUGCUCAAACUGUCGCCUUCAUAAAAUCUUAGCUGUACCUAGAAGUAUUUUUUUAGACUAAAAUUCUCACAUUCCUAGUGUAACCACUGUAAUACAAUACUAAAGUAAUGUUUUAUUUCCGUCUUCCAGCAUACAUGGAUCAAGAACAGGAAGCAGUUUUUUGGCACGCUUCUCUUCAUUGUCAUGCUAACAUUUAUGCAGUUGAUUUAAAGAAAUUCCAGUUCUAUGUUAUCAUAACACUUCUGCUCAUUGUCAUCACUUGGUAGUGUUAUAGCAUCCAAAGGGGAAAAGAAAAAAAAGUGACAUUUAGGUAUAUUUUUCUAAGAAAGGUUUGACUUUGAAGGUUCCACUGUGCGUCCUUUGUGUGUGUGUGUGUGUGUGUGUGUGUGUAGGUGUUUGUGUGUGUGAUGAAUAUAGCGUCUCCUGUUCCUGAGUUGUUCUUGUAUUUCUCAGGGGGAUCAGUGUUGGUUGCCCCUGGCGAUAGCCAAUCAGUUCUUGCGUUGCAGUAUAAAGAAAAUUGUAAUAUUCAAGAAACUUUCCUCGCCGGUUGGGCUCAGUGUUCUGAAAGCCCGUGUGCGGGACUGCUCAACUUGAAUAAGUGUGCAUGCGUGUUUGUGUGUGUGAGAGCGAGGAUGCGAAUGAUUGUGCAAGCAUGCUUAAUGUGUCACUGUCAAACCAUAUUAUUUUCAUAUGGAAAUAGAUGUGCGAGUGAAAAAAAAGAACGGAUGUUUGUAGGCAAUGCAGCACAUGAGGCCCCCCAACCUCCCUCACCCGCCCGCAACCUUGAAGAGUUGUAAAAUGACUGACAGCCCAACACUUAUCACAGUAUCACAUUGAACUGAUCUCAGAACAGAUCCUAACUGCAACUUUGACCACCCACCUCAUAGCAGACAUAUUGUAGAUCGUCUUUUGUGUGUGAGGCAUCACUCUGAAGCGUGAUGCCGAUCUCUUCCUUUUUUGAGUGUGUGCCACUGAUAAGCCAGCCCAAAGAAUGUACAGUCGGCCUAUAGAUGUUUUUCUUAUUUUUUAAAAGAGACUAAUGGAUGUUGUUGAUUAUGUGAAAGAAGGUAAACGUGCAGAAACAAAGAGAUGUUUUUUGCAAAAAAAAUCUAGAUGAUAAUUAUAAUGGUCAGGUUUAACAUUAUAAAAGAAGCUCUGAAUAUUAAUCUUUUUUUUUUUUUUUUUUUUUUUAACUCCCCAAUCAAAUUGAGGUGUAUGAUAUUUGAAAUGACAGACGACAGCGGGCGCCCCCUCCUCACAGAUGACCUACCCACAACACAAAUUGGUUUAAAAAAAAAAAAACUGUAAUACUGUACACAAAAGACAACCGUAUUCAGUGUAAAACGGUGCUAUGCUUUCUUGUACUGUAUGUACCCUGUAUGUAUAUCCCUGUGCUCCUUUUAUCUACCCCGAAGUCAAAUGUUAUAAUAAUCAAUAUUUUGAAGCAAAAAUGCUAUUGUUAUUAUAACCCCCCAUCCACCCACCCUCUACCCCCGCCUAUCUCUCCUCUUGGUCAAUUUGAAAAUAAACAGCUGCGAAUAUGA